ACGUAAGCCCAGAGCGGGACGCUCUGAAUUUAGACCCGGAAGUCUGUCAAGUUUCGUUGUUCUGCUAUCUUGUGUCAGUUGUUUAUCAACAAAAAAAAAAGCCACAUUCGUUGAACAUGGUGAGAGGCGGCUUGUCAGUCGUGUAGAUCUCAGAUCUAAGUCGAUUUGUUGCUCGUAUAUAUCAGGUGCAGUUCUGUUGGACUCACAUCAAGCCCAGCUCCUGUGAGAGAUGGAGGAGCUCUACACUUUAGAGAGGGAGGUAGGAAGAGGCAGCUAUGGCGUGGUCUUUGAGGGCCAUAUGGCCAAAACACGACAGAGGGUGGCUAUCAAGCGUCUGCCCUGCAGCAACCCAGAGUGCAUUGAACUCUACCUGCAAGAGCUGUGGGCCAUGAGAGCCACAGCCAAGAACCAUGUCAAUGUUAUUGCACUUCACAGCUGCCUCCUGCAGACAGGGCCAAGAAGCCUGAAGCCCCUAAAGCCAGGAAAACUUCCUCUGUGUCUAGUUGAGAGUGUGCUGAAGGGCCGUGUAGCUGGAGCACCACAAAGUCAGGAAAGGAAUGAUGCCCUGUCUAACACCCAGAGGAGGACUAACUCUGUCUCUAGACUUCAGGACAGGACCAACACUGUCCAGUCCAGGGUUAAGCUCCAGGACAAGCCAAAAUCAAACAUGUCUGAUUCUACGACCCCACAAAGACCUCAAAACCGAUCCAGAAAGAGACCCCAGAGGGAGGAGGAGCAGCAAGGACCCCUGCGCUGCUUGGCUCUCUGGCUUGUGAUGGAGUACUGUGAUGGGGGGGACCUGAAUCAGUACCUGCUCUCCAGGCCCCCAGACGCUGAGCGUAAUCACAGCGUGGUGCGACAGCUGUGCAGUGCUGUGGCCUUCCUGCACAGCCUCGGUAUCACCCACCGAGACCUGAAGCCUGACAACGUCCUGGUCUGUGUCACACCAAAAGGCCCUGUUGUCAAGGUGGCAGACUUUGGUCUAAGCAAGAUGAGUGAAGGUCUGAUGGAUGGGGACCUGACCAGGCAGCACUUCUCGUCUACCUGUGGCUCUGACUUCUACAUGGCUCCAGAGGUGUGGGGAGGACUGACCUACACGGCCCAGGCGGACAUCUUUUCCCUGGGUGUGAUGUUCUGGGCGGUCCUGGAAAGAAUCACCUUUCUGGAAGAAGGGACCACGCAGGAACAGCUGGGUGCUUACGUGUGUAAGGGUCGCUCGGGCUGGUUGAUGCCGCUCGGGGAGGCUUUGUGGGAGAAUGCCGAUCUCCAGUUGUGUAUUCCUAUGAAGUUUAAGAGAGCGCCCCCGCUGCCACCCCCUCCUGGCCCGGCCAUGUGCUCCCUGCUUUUAGACAUGCUCGCCUCAAACCCGGAUGCUCGGCCUCCGGCAGACCAGCUGGAGGCCAGAGUGCGCUCUGCUCUCAAAGAGGACUCCCACUGACACAAAGUGUUCGCUUAAGCGACCAUUAUAGCUAUAACCUGCUGCAGCCACUACAGGGAAAUAUUAACUGUGGACCCCCUGACUGCAGCACUUCCUAUAUGUGUAAACAAUAGCCACUUUGCUGCCGCUGGGAAAUGGGGAUAAGAAAUAUGUAUGAUUAUAUGGUAUUGUGAGUUGCUAUUUUUGUCACUGAAACAGCAGCCCAGUGUACAGACUGUGUGGGAAACCACAUAUAGGAAAAACAGGGUUGAAGAGGUAGAGGUAGAAGAAAAACAGGUAGAAGAGGUCCAAUUGAGCCUCUAGUGGAAACCAGUCCAUUGACCUUGGACCCCUGGACUGCAUUACAGACAAAACAUGCAAUGAUACUCAGACAAGUCCAUAUAAAGAUCUACUGGGACUUGCUGUAUUUCCUGUAAGCACCAUGCUAUUUAGGUCUUGAAUAUUUGACAUAGAAAAUCGAUUUUUUUCUGUGUAUAGAGGUGAAAUUAAAUGCAAGGGAUUGAUGCUUUUGCUUGGUAAACUGAUCUGCAGUGUUUUGGCGACUCCUCUUUAUCUCAGCUUUGUUUCAGGUAUUCAUAUUGACUUGAUUUUUUUGACAUUGAGAUUUUUGCUUAUUGAAAAGUGAACCAAACAUUUAUUUCUUUGGUCCUUGCUGGGGCUGGGUGAUAUGGCCAAAAAUUUGUUAACACGAUAAAAUUUUGAUAUCAGUGUCGAUAAUUAUCGUGCUAAAUGUCAAAUUAUUAUUUAUUUAAGUUUAAAGGCUGAAUGAAAGUUGAAGAAACAUAUAGACCAGUGGUUUUAAAGUUUUAAAACAUGAGAAAGACUUGACAAACAGUGGAACAUUCACAUAUUCACAAAUAGACUGAUAAAAUGUAACCUAACUAAUCUAAAACAUAACUUGCACAAAGCAUACCUAUAUUCCUGCGAUGUGAUUGGCAGUUUGUGAUUCAUUUCUUUGCAUAAUAUCUAAGCAUGGAAGCAAGCAGUGACUGUUUCUUGUUUUUCUGUCAACGAAUCUAUAUAUCGUUUUCUUUUAUAUCAUUUUAUAUUGCUAUAUAGUUUUAUUUUACUAUGUAAAAUAAUUUUAUACUACUAUAUACAAUUAACAAUAACAAUGAAUAUCAAUAUUGUUUUAUCACCCAGCUCUAGUACUUAUUAUCUUGGCCAAACUAUUUUCACUUUACACUGAUGUAGCAUGGUUUGAACUGCACUGGGCUUCCAGAUAUCAAAACACAGAAACUUCUGUCUGUAGUGCAAUGCAAUAGUCCUGUGAUAGGUAACACAUUUCAGUAAGUUUUAAUUGCUGUUGUGUCAGCAACAGUUGUCAAUUCAAGUCUGUUUUUAUAGGUUGUACUUUAUGGUGUGGUAUUGAACUGCAUUAUAUUACAAGAUGUAGUAUUAUAUUAUAGUAUAUUUGUAUAUGUAUUUUUCUCCAAAUACAGUGUAUGUAAAUAAGGUGGACACUAACAAAACACCACCUCUCAGUGUCAGUCUAACUCAACACCACCACAAACAACAGCCCCAACAUAUACGACAAGGCUUGAGUCAA